GCUCCCCUGAGGCAACGAACCACAGAGGCCGGCCGGCUCCGCCGCCUCUAGCCCGGCCCCCUGGAGGCUGGCGCGCAAGGCGGCAGAGUCGGGCAUGCCAUGGCGCUGGCGGAACUGGCCUCUCGCCUCAACUGCGCCGAAUACAAGAACUGGGUGAAGGCCGGGCACAGCCUGCUGCUCUUGCGGGCCGCCCUGCAGCGCUUUGCCGGGGAGCAAGUGCAGGCCUUUCACCGCCAGCUCGUCGCGCGCUCCUCCGCGCGCCUCAGCCCGUCGGGCCUCCGCUGCAGCGGGCGCUGCACCCCUCGAGGCAAGCAGUUUCAGCCUGCGUGCUCCUUGUGUAAAGAAUGGAAAAAAGAGAUUUUGAAUCAUCACACGCACAAGAAUGGGGAAGUCCACUGGGGAAACUGCAGGCCUUGGCUCUGGCCAUCUAAUGCAUGGGAGUUGGCAAAGGCUUACAUGCCUCAUGGGAAAGCAGACAUUUGUGGUCCAGACAAAUGUGAUGCAUCUGCACUCUUAAACCUUUUCAACUUCUGCGAUCACUUCAGUAACAUCGAUCAGAAGAAAGUCAGAGAGGUGAUUAAGUGCCGCAAUGAACUAAUGCAUUCUUCAGAUAUGAAAGUCUCUUCUUCCUGGCUGAAAGAAUUUGGGAAUCAUGUUCAGAACUUGCUAACUGAAUUUCAACACAUUCCAGAGGCCCAGAUGGCUCGUACAAGGAUAGAAAAGCUUCUGUCAUCUGAUUGGGCUGUGCAUGUACCAGGGGGAGAUCAGCUUGAUGGAUUGGAGGGUGAAAUGAAUCGAAGCCAGAUCAGUGAAAUAGAAGCAGAACUGAUAAAAGAGAGACUUCAUGAAAUCCGUCUUCUCGUGGAAGAACAAGCAAUGAUGUCAGAAGAGGAUUUAAACAGAAUACAAAUUGUAAAGGAUUUCUUAAAUGGCAACCAUGAUCUUCAAAGAAGUUUGCAGGCUGAAAUGCAGAACCUAGAAGACCUUGUGCAAAAAUUGGACGGCCAAAAACAAUCCAUGAAAGAAACCCAGGAAGUGAACGAUGAGGAGACAGAUGAAGAUUGUCAUUUAGAAAAAAGGAAGCGUACGAUAUGAAGAAUGUGACUCUACUGUGAAGAUGUCAUGCAUUACCAAAUAGGAAACUUGCAUAAUUCCACAGGAAUGCUCAUUUAAAGAGCGAUCCUUUUUUCAAGUUAUAUUGGAAUUUGGAGAAUAAACCUGAAGGGUCAACAGUCA